AGAGAAUUUCGUUUUGGUAACCUUGGAGAAAUAUCAGCUGUUAUUUACUACGUUUCCAAGACAACGGGCUUUUCAGAUUGUGUACAUGUGAGGUCAGUUACGUUUGUGAUGUAGAUUAAGAAUUAAGAAUCAUGACGCCAGAUGAAUCUCCGACUUUACGAGAAAUUUGUUAUCCAGGAAGAUGCAAGAUUAUAUGGAAAAAGUUUCCAAUAACCGUUGAGCCGAUAAUAUUUGUAAUAUUUUUUUUAUAUAGUUUGACAGAUGCAGUAGGCACAAAUGUUUUGAUUUCGAAAACUUGUACCAUCGUUUAUAACUUCUCAUCCUCUGACUGUGUUGGAAAACUAGAGCCUGAUGUGGAAGGAUUGGUCCAAAGCUAUACCACACAGAUCACUAUGAUCAAGUUAAUUUUAGAGUCUGUAGUUUCUGGUGUUAUAUCUAUGUUUGUAGGAUUUUGGAGUGAUGUUAACGGAAGGAAACCGUUUAUAGUAAUUCCAACAGCUGGUUUUGCAUUAUACUACAUUUCUUGGUUUAUAUUUAUUAAUUUACCUUAUGUUUCUCCGAUGUGGGUAUUGCUUCCUUCAUUGUGCUCGAGUCUCGCUGGAGGUGUUGCGAGUAUUUUUAUUUGUGUUUUCUGUUAUGUAACAGAUAUUACAAAUGAAAACAAUCGAGCUUUUAGAAUGGCUGCGGUAUAUUCUACUUUGACAUUGGGAAUUAUAAGUGGAUAUCUUACUUCUAGCUUUGUGUACAAUACUUAUGGACAUUCAGCUAUUAUAAUAAUUUAUUCCAUUGCAACUGGCGCUUCUUUUCUCGCGCUUUUGUAUGCAACUAUUCUUUUACCUGAAUCCAAACAGCCUGUGGAGGGCGUCUCUGCAAGCUUCUUUAACUUUGUAAAUCUGAAAGAAACACUUGUGACAGUGUUCAUGCCACGCCCUCAGAAGAAAACUCUACUUACACUGAUGGAAGCUUUUAUAAUUGUCAUAUCAACCACCAUUAUAAAUGGUGAAAUGGCUUUUAAAUAUUACGCCCUCCGAAAAAGUUUUAGUUGGGUAUUGGAAGAUUACAACUUAUAUUCUGGAGUACUUGCUGGAGUUUCUGUUAUAGCGACAACACUAGGAUCGUACAUUUCAUGUAGUAUAUUACAUGUUCACGAUUUGUACAUAGCAAUGUUUGUUGCACUUACAUCUACGAUAUCAUGCCUGCUCUUGGCUCUUUCCAGAACUGCUGUUGAAUUCUAUUUAUUUUCAAUAGUAGGAUGUUUAGGUUCGCUUCUUAAUCCAAUGUUGAAAACUCAGAUAUCAAGAACUGUAGAGCCCUCUAAUUUGGGUAAAUACUUUGCAUUUGUCUCUACAUUAGAGGCAUUUGUUCCGUUGUUUACAUCACCCAUGUACCGAUCUGUUUACAACGCUGUACUUAAUAUCCAACCGUUGUACUAUCUUUUCCUGUCAUCUGGUUUGUGGGCCGUCAUAUCUGUUCUUGUUAUGACUGUCUUGCUUAUUAAAUCAUUUUUCGCAAGAGAUUACGAUCAAUUGCUAAUAAAUGGAGAUCCAGAUGAAAUUGAUCAUACUACCAGUGAUGUACAGACACCUGACGAAUAAUAGUUUUCACUGCUUCCACAAUUUGAACAUAACAUGACACUGAUUCUAGCAUUUCAAGAAUAACUACCAUCUCGCAGACUGUUGAAACUUUGUGAUAAAAUAAUUCUUUCAUAAUAGUACUAUUAGGUUAUUUGAUAAAACGUUUGUGCAUAUUGUUAUGAUUUUUCAAUUUAGUAGAUAUUUAUUGUUACAUAAACAUCUUUCAUUUAUACAUCAGUGAUAUUUUAUUUAAAUCUCUAUAUAUUAUCAAAAUGUACCUGUGACAUAUCAAAUUAGUUUCAUGAUAAGCAUUGUAAGUGUAAAUUAUUUUUAUUCCAUUUAACGGCAUUUAUAUAUUAUGCAUCUAGCUAUUAUAUAUUAGCUAAUGAUGUCUUGUAUAAUUACAAUCUCAAAUGUAUAU